AUGAUUCAGAAAGGGGAUAGAUCCAAGCUGGAUGCUGAGAUACUGAGACAGCUACUUAAACUGCUGCCUGAAGACCAGGAGAUAAAUAGCCUGAAAUCUUGCAAAGAAGAAAAAUCACAGCUGGCAAAUGCUGAUCAGUUUUAUCUCCAUCUUUUGGAAGUUCCCAGCUACCAGUUGCGGAUUGAAUGUAUGCUGAUUUGUGAGGAAACAAGAAUUCUGCUGGAGUGUCUGUGGCCAAAAGCACAAGCCAUCAGGACAGCCUGUGAAACAAUUCUUACCAGUCACCGACUGCCAGUUUUCUGCCAAUUAAUUCUUAAAGUUGGAAACUUUCUGAACUAUGGGCGUCACACUGGAGAUGCUGGAGGUUUUAAAAUUAGUGCCUUGCUCAAACUAACAGAAACAAAAGCAAACCAAAACAACAUUACUCUGCUUCACCAUAUUUUGGAGGAGGUUGAAAAAAAACACAGAGAUCUCCUGCAGCUUCCCAGAGAUCUUGACUUUGUUUCCAAGGCAGUGGGAAUCCACAUUGACGCCAUGCAGGCUGAGGCAGGUGCCAAUUUGAAGAAACUGUUGGAAAUAGAGAAGCAUUUAUUUUCGUCGACAGAUGAUUUAAAAAUACAGCAUGGAAAAUCUGUGCAAGGUAGCCUCAAUGCUUCAAAGGACCUGCAGAAGGAAUUUGCCACCAUUGAAAAGAAGAAGGAAGAACUUGCAGAUUAUCUAUGUGAAGACCGAAAAAAACUGUCUUUGGAAGAUGUAUUCAGCACAAUGAAAACCUUCAGAGAGAUCUUCCUCAAGACUUUACAGGAAAAUCAAGAAAGGAAGGAGCAAGCUGCAAAAUCUGAGAAAAGGAAGAAGCGGUUUAAAGGAGAAGAUGCAAAGAGGCUAAAGGGAGAGUAUGGAAAGUGUAGUACAUUUAACAAUUAA